AUGGGGUGUGUCUUGCCGUGUGGCGAGCUGGCCGCAACGGCAGAUAUGGGAGUGCCAAGAGAAUCGGCGGAUGAGGACGUCGAAGAGGAGUUGGUGAUCGCACUCCCGGAGGGUCUGGGGUGUCUGUACACCCGAACGCGGCGGCGGAGAGACGAAGGCUUGCCUCUAGACUUGCUUGCCCUCUCCGUGCUGCUCGCUACUGGCGUCUUGUGUGGACUUGGCGGUGUCUCCGAGCUGUCUCUCUUAGGCCGCCUGCUUGUGAGGCUGCAGGAGUGGGCAGCUGCUCUGCGCUUCCUCACGGAGACGUUGCCUCAGCUGCGGCAAAACACCGCAAACAGCUGCAGUGGCGGCAGCUCGGCAGGAGUGAGUGCGGGAUCGCCGGAGUGUCUCCCCAGUGUGUCUCUCAGUGCUCUCCAAAUCCUGCUUACCGAAGCCAGGCCGUGCCCGCGUAUUCGUGUGCCUUGCAGCCUCGCGGCAGAACGGCUGCUGCGAAAGGGCUGGCAGCUGCAGCAGCAAAUGAUUGCUGCUCUCGUCCAUGCGGAGGACGAUGCGGCGGAGCAGCUGAAGUGCUACGAGCGCCUGCAGCAGGCACAGCAGCGCCGCGAUCGCUUGGUGCAGUUGAAGCAACAGCUUGGGGGCAUGCGGGGAGUCUCUGCUGCGGAGAAUCCGACGCUGUCUGAGGAGGAGCUGCAGCAAGCCGAAGCCGCUGUCGCAGCGGCACAGACAGCGCACGCAACGGCGGAGGCUGCCGUGAUGAAUAGCAAUCAGCAACUUCUAGACCUCGAGCAACAACUGCACAGCAGCGGUAUUGGGGGACUGCAAUACGAGUCUCUUUUCCACGAGCUUGUCGCAGCAUGCGCGUGGCAGCGGGAGGCGGAAGCCCUUGCUGCAUGCAUUGAAAUGGAGUCGGAGUCGACGGCCAAGCAGCAUCAGCAAGCCUCGAACACUCUCAACACGCACCGGGUGCUUCACCCUGCAUACCGCAACACGGCUCACCUGUGGAGGAUGGUUCAGGUGUACGAGCCACUCCGCCAGAAAUCUACGUUGGAUCGCGUGCUGCAGUUCGAGAGGCGUGUCAGAGAUCUACAGGUAGUAGGUCCACUCCCGCAGCUGACACUCACGGAAGGCGGCACGCAAGCAGCCUCCGUGAUGCUCCCUGCCGCUCGAGGGCCAGUUGCACUGCUGCAGCAAAAUCCUCAACAGCAGGAUCAGGUGCAGCGGCAACGACUCUCUUGGGAGCUCUGGCUGUCUCUAGUCGACGAAGCCAACAAGCUAGGUUUAGGAAUUGAGGCUGCUAACCUCGUAAAACAACUGCAUGCACGGGCUCUAGUGCUGCAGCAGAAGGUGCAGGAGGCAGUUUCAGGCCAGCCCAUUCCCAGCCUAGAGGCGGCACAAGCCAUGCUCGUAGAGGCCUCCAAUCUCCCCAUGGAGACUAAGGGCAUUGCUGCAGUAUCUGCUGCUGUUGCGGCUGUUGACGCGUGGCAGCAGAAGGGGGAGGCGGCGCUGCAGCAGCUUCACCAGCAACUCCAGUUGCAGCAGCUGCAGCAACGUUGCGGACUGCCCCCGCAGCAGCUGUUGCAACUGCAGCAACUGCAGCAACAACAAAACCAGACUCCCAAAACUGAUGCCUUGUGGGCGCUUAUUGAAGAAGCAGCCAGGUUGCCAAUUCUUCCUGAAGGCAUUCCGGCGUAUGUCCGCCUGAAGAAGGUGAGUGAGGCUUGGAGUUGA